AUGGACAGAGAGAUGAAUGUGUUGUAUAUAACUCUAGGUGGGUUUGUAGGACUAGAGAAAUACAGCUAUGUUUAUUUUCUCAUCAUUCUCACUGUUUAUAUUUUAAUCCUCUGCUUUAAUGCAACUAUUGUAUGGCUGAUUGUGACUCACCAAAACCUGCAUGAACCCAUGUAUAUUUUCAUUGCAGCACUGCUAAUCAACUCUCUUCUCUUCAGCACUUCUAUCUACCCAAAGCUGUUGGCUGAUGUUCUGUCUGAGACACAGGUCAUAUCACAUCCAAUGUGCUACUUUCAAAUUUUCGUGUGUUAUUCUUGCGGUUUAUCAGAGUUCUUACUGCUGUCAGCCAUGGCCUUUGACAGAUAUGUGUCCAUAUGUAAACCUCUGCAGCAUCCAGUUAUUAUGAGGAAAACUACUGUAAUUGCUCUCUUAGUCCUGGCUUGGUUUCUGCCUGUUUGUCAGUAUGGUGUGCAAGCAGCACUAUCUUCACUAAGAAAACUCUGCAGCUUCACCUUAAAAGGAAUUUACUGCAACAAUUCUGUGUUCAAACUUCACUGUGAGAGCUCAAAUGUAAUAACUACAUAUGGAUUAGUCAUCUUUAUAAAUCUUGUAAUCUGUCCUUUCUUCUACAUCAUCUUCACAUACACACAGAUCCUCAUAGUGUCCUACAGAAGCUGUGGAGAAGUCAGGAGGAAAGCUGCUCAGACGUGUUUACCACAUCUGCUGGUUUUAGUUAAUUUCUGUCUGCUGAGCAUAUAUGAGCUGCUUAAAAUUCGACUGGACUCUCAAAUUCCUAAAACUGCAAGUAUGAUUAUGGCCUUACAGCUGGUUUUGUAUCAUCCUCUAUUUAAUCCGAUUAUAUAUGGACUGAAAAUGAAGGAAAUUAAUAAUCAUCUCCAUAAUGUGUUUGUUAAAGCAAGAUUUUUUUAA